ACAAACGAAAAAUUAAUUCAACAAAUUUCGUAAAAAUUGAAUUUUAACAUUUUUUUAACGCUUCGUUGCUCGCUGAAGUCUGUCUGACGUAAUAAAUAAGUAAAAUUUUUGAUGCUUACCCGAUUUCGCAGCUGUAAAAUUGUACUAUGGACAGUCAACCCCCUUUCGAUGGAUAUUUGAUCGAUAUUGUCGACAACGAUUGGCGCCUCGACGAGUUGCCAAACGACCAAAUUCAGGUCCCAUCGGAGAAAUUGCCCGAUCCUGAAGCUGAUUCCGCUGAUGCGCAUCUCACCUUAACGGAGCAGGAGCAAAAAUGGAAUGAUCUUGCCUUGUCUUCGGUUAUUCCGGACUUGGCGGUGAACGAUCAAACUGUGAAUUCAUAA